AUGCAUCCAAAUUUGGCAUCAAAAUUUGACAUCCAUAUCCAGUUCAACAACAGAAAGCGUCAAACAAGUGGUAUCAUGAUUACUAUUCACAACAACAAGCAAAUUGGACAACAGCGCUGUCGCAACUAUUAUGCUUUAAACUCGGAAUCAGAAACGAUGCAACUGAAAAAAGUACACAAAGUCGACGACUCCAGCAAACAAACAAGCGUUUCUGCAAUGCACAUUGUGUAUGCUACACCAACAACAUCAUUGAUGGUCAAUACACACAAGUAUUGUUGA